AAUUAGACUCGAUUCGUAAUUUGCAAUCAAAUCGUAAAAUCCGACGAAAUUGCCGUGAAGGAAGAAUGGGAAGGUGGAGUCAAUUCGUGGUUGCGGUGACUAUUCUGGCGGUGGGCCUCCUUUCGGCAUCAGCCACCGCUAGACCCUGCAAGACAUUCUUCGUCGCCUCCUAUUCUUUCUCUUUUGAAAACCCUAACGACCCUUCCUCCUCCACCGGAUUCGUCACCGUCUUCACCGAGAUCGGUCAAUUGAACGUCGUACCACCAAGACCCAAGCCCUCCGAUGUCUUGAGCUCUCUCCGUGAGCGCAGUAAGGACAUCCUUAGCGUGGUCGUCGCUCUUCUCUUCGGCGUCGGUAGCGGCGCUCUCACGGCGGCUACCCUCUACUUGGUCUGGACCCUCUUCUCGGCCCGGUCUGAUUAUCAUCGUGCUUGUUUGGAGGAUGAUGAGAGCGACGGAGAACUUAGCCCUAAGAAGAUUGGGUAUGUAACCAUUCCCACCGUUAACGUUAAGGAAGUCAAUUGAUCAAAUUAUGUGUUUUAAGUCUUUAAUAUGAAAUAAGAAUCAUGUAUAAAUUGUUGUGCAUUUGGGCAAACUCAUGUCUAUGUUAAUGUAUUUUAUUUAAAGAUCUUUGAUAAAAAUGUAAUCUAAUGAUAUUAUUGUAUUUGCUACUUCAGAUGCUAUAUACUUCUUGCUUUGUUCUAA